AGAUCCAGAGAUUCUGGUGGGGACCAAGUGAGAGACAGCCGUGUUUUCUCCCCGGAGAAGAGCAGCCUUACUCUCAGCACUUCUGGCAGGCCUAUACUUUGGGAAAGGACUGAUGGCUUGGAGCCUUGGUUGGAAACGCUGGGGUUUCUUGCAGGCUGUAACAAGCGGUAGCUUCUUCUCAUCUCCCUGGGGCCACUGUCCCUGGAGAGCAAGGGGAAGCUUUCUGGACCCUGAGAUGAGAGCCUUCCUGGAGGAGAACACCAAGGUCACUAGCAGUGGCAGCCUCACCCCUGAAAUCCACUUGCGGCUUUUGACCCCCAAAUGCAAGUUUUGGUGGGAGAGAGCUGACCUGUGGCCCUACGGUGAUCCUUAUUGGGCAAUCUACUGGCCAGGAGGCCAAGCCCUGUCUAGGUAUCUUUUGGAUAAUCCAGAUGUUGUCUGGGGAAAAUCUGUGUUAGACCUUGGGAGUGGAUGUGGAGCUACAGCAAUUGCGGCUCAGAUGAGCGGGGCAUCAAGGAUCUUGGCCAACGACAUAGACCCUGUUGCAGGAAUGGCCAUCACACUAAACUGUGAAUUGAAUCACCUCAGUCCUUUUCCCAUUUUAACCAAAAACAUUCUAAAUCUGGAACAAGAUCAAUGGGACCUUGUUGUCCUUGGAGAUAUGCUUUAUGACGAAGCCCUGGCGGACAGUCUUCACGGAUGGCUGAAGAAGUGCGUUCACACUUUUGGAACUCAAGUACUCAUAGGUGACCCUGGGCGGUCCCCGUGCAGUGGGCACAGCAUUUGGCAUGAAUUGCACAAGGUGGCAGAAUACUCCCUUCCAGAGGCCACCAGGCAGCAAAACAAUGGGCUGACAACAAGCGCUGUGUGGAAUUUUCAACCUUGAGUUGUCAAAGUGCUUUUAAGUAUGAAGACAGCUGUCUUUGGAUUUAAUUCUCAAAAAUAUUCUCCAUAGAAGCUACUCUGCCAUUCAGUGGCAAAUCUUGCUUCUGAAAUAUAAAGGUUUAAAGUUUUUUCAGCCAACUGUUGUCACAUAACUAGUCCUGCAUUUCUAAGAAUGCCAGUUGUACAAAUCUGUGCAAAUUCUUGUCUAGUUUUACUGCUGUAGGGAUAUGAUUAUGGAAAGCUGUACCCAGUGGUGGAAGUAUGUCAUUCAAGUAGUGAGGAGGAGUAGAGAUUGUGGCAGAGUCUGUCUCUCUAGUUGAGGACACUUGCUGUAUGUCUCCCUUGCUGCACUACUUUGGUACUGGAGAGUAAAGCCAGGCCCUCGUGGGCACUAGGCAAGCGCUGUACUGCUGACCUACAGUGAUAUACCCUCACCCAGUGAUAUAUCCUUGAAUUAGACAAACAAAUACAAAAUAUAGAAUACUGGAUUGUUUUUCAUAGUACUUGGGAUUGAAC